AUGAGCUCUGCUGUUCCCGAGACCAGUCUGCCAACGCCCGAGAAUCCUGGACGGCUAGCGUCUGCCGCCACCAUCGUAGCGCCAUUUCAAAAGCAGAUCAGCGACGCCAACGCAGCUCGACUCGACACUGGCAAGCGGAAGGCAAAGCUUGUCGGUAUCCUGGCGACUCCCAGUGGACCCAGUGUUGCGUACGCGGAAUGGACCAAGAAAGCAUGCGAAGCCGUGGGUAUCGAGUUCGAAAUUUGGAAGACAUGGGACGACUCAGAAGCCCCGAUCAAUGGUGACGAUGAGCCCGUGAAUGGGGGCACCCCGGAGCAAUCCGCCGACGUAGAGCUCGAAGGAGACGUCGAGGACCUCAUCAUAGCGGCAAAUGCGGACGCAAAGGUGCACGGAAUCAUGAUAUACUACCCAAUCUUUGGCGGACGACAGGACACCUACUUGCAACAGAUUGUCGAUCCUCGAAAGGACGUCGAGGGCUUGCAUUUCUCGUACUGUUGGAACAUGUACCACAACGUUCGCUGGAUCUCUCCGAAGCAACUUGGCGGUGCUCCAGGCACGGUCACAGAGCCGCGAGGCGGCAACUUGUCGCCCACCAUGCGCAGACUUUCGCUCUCGUCACCUGACGGCGCUUCGGCCGAAGAAGCUGUGCCGAAAGGCUUCGCAAAGUCGAUUCUCCCCUGCACACCUCUGGCGAUCGUCAAGUGCCUUGAAGCUCUCGGUGUGUACGACACCUCGCUGCCUUACGGGGACCGCCUAUACGGUAAGACUAUCACGGUCGUAAAUCGUAGCGAAGUCGUUGGCCGACCCCUGGCAGCUUUGUUGAGCAACGAUGGCGCCAAGGUCUACAGCGUGGACAUCGGCUCUGUGCAAGAAUUCAACAAACGAGGCGGAGCCAUUGCACGAGCUGAAACGCUUUCAGGGGGUGACGAAACAUCACAAGCUGGGCGGAAGCGAUCAUCUGUGGUCCUCGAAGCCAGAGCUGCCAACUCUUCCCGGCGCCUUCGACCCCACCACAUCGUCAGACCCUGCUCCCUGGACCUGGAAGCUUGCGUAGGCGCUUCGAACGUCAUCAUCAGCGGCGUCCCUUCUGCCAAUUUCAAGAUCCCAACUGCUUGGGUUCCGCGCGGCGCAACGACGGUAAACUUCAGUAGCGAAAAGAAUUUCGAGAAAGACGUGCGCACGCGCGCUGCUCUUCACUUGCCCGCUGUCGGCAAGAUGACGAUUGCGAUGCUGCAGCGAAACCUUUUGAGGCUCGUAGAAUAUCGUGAGCUCACUGACGCCGAUCUGUCUGGUCACGGCCCCUCCGACGACGGCAAUGGCGGUUCCGGACCUGGCCAGAAUGGUGGGCCAUCUUCCAAUGAUCACAGACCGCGCUACGGAGGACCGCCGCCGCCACCUGCGAGUCGACCGCGAGGGCCGCCCAACCAUGAGGGUCAAGACGGCAAGCCUCCAGGAGGACCAAUGGACAUGGGCUCGAUGCUCGCUCCAGAGAAUCGUUCGCAGAAUCGUAGCUCUUUCACGACCACAGGUGCCCGCGAGACCACAUACAGCAAUGCUUCAGAACCCAGCUUGCGCGGUGCGCCGAGUAGGCACGACUCCGCUCUUGGGCCUCUCAUCAGGCCCAACUUGGGCUCGAGAGGCAGAGCCAGCACGCUCUCUGUCCCGCGGCCAUCGGCGCUGCACCAUAUGGCUGGAGGUGGGUCCCUGCAAAGCCCGACUUAUCCGCCCUCGCAGCUCGCAAGCAGUGACGGUACGCCCAGCACAACUUCGACAUCGCUGUGGGACUGGCGUCGCGGACGUCGAGACAGUGUAGCGUCAGGCACAACGACGUACUCUUUGGAGGGUUCAACUCAAUCCGGAACAUUUACCGCCCGCACUUCUCCGCUACUUUUCGCGCCUGUCGGCCUACCAAAGCGAUCUGGUACACAUACACAGGCUCAACAGCGCAACAGCCUCUCUUUUGCGCACCAUUCAUCAGCAUCGAGACCACAGACACCAUUGUCACCUCUGCUCAUGGAAGAGCUAGCUGUGGAUGACUCGCCCCGCUUCCACGAGUCUCGUGGCUCGGCUCACAUGCAUCCGGCCUAUUCAGGCUGGCAUCAGCGAGAAGAGGCACAGGGCAGUGCACCGAGUAGCGUCCCGGAGCGCCCGCUGAAGAGUCUGCCUGGUCGCAAUGCGCGUUCGCAAAGCACCAGUGCAACGUCACCAGGCCAUCGACUACUGCAUUUCUCUCAAGGCGCUUCGCCGCAGUGGGUCGUGGCGGACGAGCUUCCGCCGCAAAGGAGUGCUAUGGGUCACGGUUCGGUGACUGCAGCUUCGCCUUCUCCUCUCAACGCGCAGCAGCCUCUGCCAAACGUCACGGAUCGCAGCACCCAGAGUCGACGUCGAAGAAGGCCGCCUUUCAGCUACACAUCGUUGUGCGCUCAGGCCAUUGCGUCGUCUUCAGACGGCAGAAUGACGCUGAGAGAGAUCUACACGUGGAUCAGCAAUCUUUUGCCCGACUUGUAUUCGCUCAACGGACCAGAGUAUCAAAGCUGGCAAAACACAGUGCGACACAACCUGAGCUUGAGCAACUGUUUCGUCAAUGUGCCUAGGACAGCCCAGGACAUCUACGACAGCUUGUCCUCUGGCCAGGCGAAUCAAAGCCAAGCGGCGCGAGGCAAAGGUGGUUGGUGGACGCUUGACAUUCCCGUCGCCCAAGCGCAGCUGGGUCCGGAUUAUCUGGGCCUGAACAACACGCGAGCAAAUGAUGCCGAGCAAGUGAUUGACGAUCCCAUGUCGUACGAUGCCGCAGGCGAUCCUCAGGAUGGUGUCUCGCGACCGCCCCAGAGGAGAAGGACGAGUAGCUACAUCCCAACAGUGACGACACUAGGUGCCCAUUCAAACGAUCAGCCCUCGCUUCGCGGCAUGCCUAUGCCGCAUUCUACACAGAUGCCUUCCGUGCUGCAACGCGCACCCCAGACACCUACGGAGGUGUUGGAUCCUGCAUUGCAAGCCGCAAUCUUGCAAGACACUCGAACGCGAGCUCAAGAUGCUGACCCUGCGGAUCCUCGCAAAGCUCACGGCGCACAUCAGCAACAGCACAGAUACCUGGAGCAGCACUACCUUCACGGUCCGCAAGGACACAUCGGUCGUCCACGCGGGCUCACCACUAGCGCCGCAGACGACCGAGUACGUGGUGAACCGCAUGUCAGCUUCUAUCCUCAAGGCUAUGGAAAACGCCCGCCUUAUGUGCACUCCAGUGGAUCCGUCACGCCGAGUCAGACGAGCCCUUACUAUUCAACCAACGCGCUGCCGCCUGUGCAUGGUCCGAGUCCCAGCAAGAGGAAGAUGACUGUAGACUACGACUACCCGCAGCAUCACCAUCAUCACGCAGCGCCGACGAGUCAAGGCGCGAUCAUGACGCCUCCAUUGCCGCACACGAGGACGGAAGGCAUGUUUCGAACCAAGAGUCCGCUCUCACUCCGCGCAGAUCUGGGACAUGAUCACACGCGCGUCGUUACAGAAGAUGGAGGCAGACGCAUUGCGGAGGAGACGGGCAGAAAGGUGCAGAUCAGAGACGCUCCCACGACCAAUGCUGCACCAAGGACACUCGGCUCGAGGCCGAUGCAAAAGUACGAGGCGGACAGUGGCGCGGCAUCGGAUCGACAGAGCAGAGCACCUGCGAGCAGACCUGGCUCCCUAACUGCGACUGGCGACAGGCCAAUCAACGGCGGCGGUAUGUCCAUCAAGGACCUUCUCAACCGGUAG